AUUUGAGUUCAUUCAAAAAUCGAAAGGGCUUGCUAGGUGCGGUGCGCUGUUGUUAAAAAAUGGCGUGGAAUAUUUUGAAUUGUGUGGCGGUUGUCCUGUGUUUAACUACUAUAGCAAACUGCCAGCGGACUCCAACCAUAUCUCAUAUAACACAGGAGCAGAUUAGAGACAUUGGUGGCCAAGUGGAUUUAGAUUGCUCUGUACAUUAUGGCCAAGAUUAUCCAGUUCUAUGGGUAAAAUACGAUCGCCUGAAGACCACGGAGUCCCUGCCGCUGUCCACCAGUUCGGGUCUUAUUAUCCGAGACUCCAGGUUCUCGCUGCGAUAUGACGAUGCGUCCGCCACUUAUACACUAUCGAUAAAAGACAUCCAAGAAACGGAUGCUGGCUGGUACCAGUGCCAAGUGAUCAUAACUGUGAACAAUAAGAUCACGGCGGAGGUGGAGUUGCAGGUGCGGAGGCCACCCAUCAUAUCCGACAACUCUACGAGGUCAAUCGUUACGAGCGAGAUGGAAAGUACUCAAAUGGAAUGCUAUGCGGACGGUUUCCCGCCACCGAAGAUAUCCUGGCGGCGGGAGAACAACGCCAUCUUGCCGACCGGUGGCUCCAUCUAUCGUGGCAAUAUUUUGAAGAUCCCGCGCGUGCACAAGGAGGACCGCGGUACAUACUACUGCGUCGCUGAGAACGGUGUGGGCAAAGGGGCAAGACGGAAUAUCAACUUGGAGGUCGAAUUUGCUCCAGUUGUCACCGUUCCGAGACCGAGGUUGGGGCAGGCACUGCAAUAUGAUAUGGACCUGGAAUGUCACGUGGAAGCCUACCCGCCUCCGGCCAUAUCCUGGGUGAAGGAUGAAGUGUUGCUAUCGAAUAACCAACAUUACAGAAUUUCCCACUUCGCGACCGCGGACGAGUUUACCGACACAACUCUUCGAGUGAUCACCAUUGAAAAGCGUCAGUAUGGUAUAUUCACGUGCAAAGCGCAGAACAAAUUGGGCAGAGACGAGGGACGGGUGGAGCUGUUCGAAACGAUCAUACCGGUCUGUCCGCCCGCCUGCGGACAGGCGCGGUACGGCGCCGCGGCGAGCCUAGCGCCCACUGUGGAGACGCUCGCCGUACUGAUUGCCGCGUACGUGUGCUACGCUUUUAGAGUCGCCAAUACCAGACAUUAAUUAUUCUGGACUACGCCUCGAUCCACUCGUUUAUGUGAACAGCGCAGACAAACAUAUCAACAGCAUAUCUAUAUAUACAAUAAUACUUUAUAUAUGUGUGACGUAUUUUCUUAAGUUCUUUUGAGAUGUAAAAUUGAGAUAUGUGACUUUAGUUUCUGAAUAUUUUUGAUGAUUUAUGAGUUAUAAUUGAGUUUCUCAAUUGUUGAGUUCUUUUGAGUGUCGAACUCAAUUUAUUAUCAAGAAUUGAGGUAGCCAAUUUUUACAUAAAUUUUAUUAUAAGGUUUUUAAUUUCUUUGACUUGAACUCCAAAUUUAGCCAUAAGGCCAGAUUCUUAAUGAACCUUAUGCCAUUGACAAAUAAAACGUUUUCAUUUAAAUAUUUUGAUGUUGUCUUGAGUGAUUUUUACAAAGGCACAUGGGUUAUCUUAUUGAAGCUAUUAGUUUUUUUCAUAUCUUACUAAUUAUAAAUAAAGAUAUGAGAAAAAAACCAAUAAAUAUAGCUUUAUUAAGUUUACCCAUAUUUCAUAUGAAUUGACCAUGUUGAUAAAAACAAAUAAUAUGGCUAAGAUAACUUCAUUAAAUAAAUGAUUGCUAACCAUUAUCACCAAAAAUAUAAUUUCAGUGUCUAAGUUUCUUCAGAAAGAGCUAAGUUAUUGUUAACUUAUAAUUAUAUAAGUGAUUAAAUACAUGAAAUAGGUGUGGUAAUGAUUGAAUCUUUACUUAGCCAAAGUAGUUAUACUUGGGCUAAGAAUUUAAUAUUUUUAGAUCUGGCAUGUGUCAUACAAAAUAAUUAUUAAUAUAUUGUAUCAAUA